AUGCUUCUCACCCUCAAACCCUCGUCCCAGAAUGGGAUCAAAGGUCCUCAUGAGUAUUCUGUUGUUCGCCAGUCGAUUCCUACCCCACGGUCUCUUUCGCCCUCCCUGCCUGACCUCCCUGCGUCUACGAUGCCCUCGACCACCGCCGUAGACUACUCAAUGGACUCCUCCCGCACAGGGCUCCCCCCUCCCUCGUCAAUAACUUUACCCCCACCGGAUGUCGGCUUCGCAACCAUGAGUACUGCCAUCAACCAACAGCUACCACCUCCUCCCGCUCAAUGGCAGAAUUCCGACGAUACUAUGCACCAUUGGCUCCAAGCUAAAGCCGAAGAGGAUCGAAGGAAGCAAGAAGAGGAAAAGACGCGCCAGGAGACCCUGCGUCUUGAGCAGCGGAGGGUUGAGCAGAGCAUGCUUCGGGAUUCUUUGCAGGCUGGUGUUCCUCCUCAUAUGGUUCCCCUUAUCUUUGCCGGAAUCGGUCCGAGUGGUUUUCACCAACCUAUCCUUGAAUUAGCCCAGCAAUAUAUAGCCCAGUCACCUGGUACUCGCGGAACAGCUCCCCAGUUGCCUUCUUUAGCUCCUUCUCAUUCCCAUUCCCAAUCUCAACGGCGCCCUCCACCUCUCCGCCGGGAUUCUCGCUCUAUACCCGCUAGUCCAUACGCACCAUCGGCCCCGCAGGCAGUGCCUCCUCCAGGUGUCCUCUUGUCCCAGAAUUUGCUGUCCAAUAGCGCGGCGCCUCCUACACCGCAGUCGCUGGGUCGACCGUCAAUAUCGGGCGGUCCUGGUGACCCUCGAAGUGGGUCGACGCCUCAGAUCCCUACCAGCGUCUCGCAGGCUCAAUCGGUUCCGAUUAAUCUGAGUAAUGUACAGUACGCUCCUGGUUCGUCAGUCCCAGCUUCUCAAGCUUCAGGAAAGCCUGAUUCCCACUCUCGUCAAUCUCCCCCUUCACUUUAUUUUCACCAUUGGGUUCCUCCCAGCCAACCACAUGCUGGCACGCCAUCAGGGAAGCUUCAUCAAGAAUCGCCUUUAUCGUCUAUUAUUCCUCGUCGCUCGGACCCUUAUACUUCACCUGGCCGGAAAAGGAAGGCUUCUGGCCCUCAUCAAUCGGCUCCGCUUCCCUCUUCUCGUCUCUCUGAAUCCGUGCACGCCGACGUUCAGACCUCUCGACCAGGGUCUCCAAUAGCUGGGACCCAGCACGUGGGCCAUACGAUCCACCGACGCCAAGCCAGUGGUGCGUGUGCCUCUUAUGAAAAUCGUCUCCUGGAACAUGUAGAACUAGAAGAUUCUGGGGCGAAGUCAAACUCACGAGAUGCUGCCCCUCUCGCAGCAGACACUGCGAGAGUAGAAAAGGUUCACCAUACAACGCAAGAUUUUGACCGCAGAAGAGAUCUAACGCUACCAGAGAGCUCUGAUCGAUAUGCUUCGCGGGGGCUUCAAGCUCCCUACACUUCCAGCUUAGACACUGAGCCACAUGAUUCAGAUCUAGAGAGCAGUCCCGGACCAUCUCCAAUAUCAAGGACCCCGCUGGAAUCUACUCAGCCUAGCGUCACUCCAGGAGGCUAG